AUGUCUACCGAAACUAUACUGUUCACAAAACAAAGUAAUACUUCCACUGCUUCCAGCACUACCACAAAGAUAAGCACUACCAAGUCAAAAAGUACUAUAAGAAUAUUAAAUGUUAAUGAUACUCGUAAAGCUGCUAUAACUUUACUUGAUUCAUUCAGAACCGAUUCCUUAGCUAAGUUAUUAGUUUGUCAUAUUCCAACUCAAGAAGAAAAAGAUAGAUGUGAAUUAGCUCUUUAUGAAGCAUAUCUCAGACAACAUAUGUCAAAAGGAUUAUGUUUAGGUAUAAAUGAAUCUGAAGAUAGAUUUGAAACUGUAGCUAUUUGGUCAACUCCAACAUCAGUUGAAAGAGGAUUAGAUUCAUUUGGAAAUUUAAUGCAAUCUGGUUAUGAUAAAGUUUGGAAUUUAUUUGGAGAUGAAGGUCGUGAUAAAAUAUUUUAUGGAAUGUUACCAUUAUUGCAUGAUUCUUGUGAAAGAAUCCUUACCAAUGAUUCAAGAUUAAGACAUAAAGGGGUAUGGACUUUAGUUUACUUAGGUUCAACUUUACAAGCCAGAGGUAAAGGUAAUGCUAGAACCAUGUUUGAAUAUAUGUUCAAUAACUAUAUUGAUGUUAGUGAUAAUAAUAUUUCAUAUUUAGAAAGUUCAUCUCCUGAUAAUAUUCCAAUUUAUGAAAGAUUUGGAUUCAAAGUUUAUGAAGAUAUCGUAUUAGGAAAUCCAAAUGUUAAAAAUGCAGUUGAAGGUCAAGAUUAUGCUAUAAUGAAUGUCAUGAUUAGAGGUACUAAAGGUCAUGACUGGUCAAAAGACGCUAAUACCUUUCUUACACAAGGAAAAUUAUAA